AGGAUUUCCUUUAAAAGCAUGUCUCAUCACACCGUAUAGGGGAGAACGAUAUCACUUACAAGAAUACUCUAGAAAUCCACCUCGAAACCCCCGUGAGUUAUUCAACAAUCGACAUUCGUCAUUACGGAUGUCAAUUGAAUGUGCAUUUGGAGUGUUGAAGAAAAGAUUUCCAAUUUUACAAACUGCAACGGAGCCUACAUUUGAUAUUAAAACUCAAAAUAAAAUCAUCAUUGCUUGUUGCAUUUUACACAACUAUUUGAUGGGUGAAGACCACAAUCAAACUCUAAUAGAUGAGGUGCAAGAAGAGCUUGCAAACGAAAGAGAUUUUCAAGAGGGUCAUCAAUAUCAUAGAGAAGAAAAUGAUGAUAUGAUUAGCGGAGAGCCAAUUAGAGAUAAUGUUGCGGGUUCUAUGUGGCUAGAUUAUUAAGAUUAUUCUUAACGAAUUGUUACUCUUAUGAAUGAUGUUUUUAAGAAUUUUAUUUGGAUUGAACUUUUUAUUUCUAAUUUGUGGAUUCAUUUUUGUAGUUGUAAUUUGGAGAAUGGAUUUUAGUGUUAUGAAUAUUUACAUUUGAAUUUAUGCAUAAGUUGUUAUAUUCUUCAUUGUGUUUUUUAAUAAUAGACAUGGAAGCAAGCUUAAAGAGGCCUAGGAAACUCAAAAGUCAAGAAACAUGCAAUUGGACAAUUGCUAUGGAUGAAGUUUUGCUUGAUGCAUAUUUGCAUCAACAAACAUUGGGAAAUAAAAAUGGUAAUAGUAUGACAACAAGCGCUAUGGAUAGCAUUCUUAAGGAAUUGAAGAUUCACUUUCCGGACAAACCAAUUUCCAAAGAAAAGAUAAAAUAUCACAUGAAACACAUCAAAACAAAGUUCAAUUCUUGUUAUGACCUUUUUCAAAACGGUCUUAGUGGGUUUGGAUGGGAUUCAACGACAAAUAUGUGGAUUGCUGAAGAUGAAGUUUGGGAUAAGCUAAUUGAGGCAAAACCUGAAGCUGCUGAAUGGAAAAAUAAGCCAAUAUUAUUUUAUGAUAAAUUGGCCAAACUUUUUGGAAAAGAUCGAGCAACUGGAGAGCAUGAAGAUACGGCUGCUGAAAUGAGAGCAAAAAAGGCUGCAAAUGUUGAAAAAAGUCAUGGCACAACCAUUGAAGAAAUAGACCACCUAGUUGAAACAAAUGAAGUUAUUUUAGAGGGAUUUGAUGAUGAUGAACAUCAUUCCAACAAUUCUCCUAAAAGACCUUCGAUUACUAAUUCUCAAGAUGUGUCAUCGUCUCAGACUAAGAAGCGAGUAAAGAAGGUUAUUGAAGAUGAUACAAGCAUGAUUGAAAUUUCCAAAACUUUCAAAAAAAUGGUUGAUGUGUUUGAAAUGAAUUCAAUGGAGUUGGUCAAGCAAAGUAAGAAUGCGAAUGGUGGAGAUAUUUGGGCUGAAUUGGUCGAGAUUGGAGUUGAAUCAAGUUCUUUGCCUCUUGUAUACAUGUACCUUGUUAAGAAUGCUGAUGCAUUGAAGGCUUUUAAUGGAAUUCCAAUCGAUAAGCGCAAGGAAAUGUUACAUCUCAUUGUUCCGGACUAUCCUUUUUGCUAA